CUGAUAGCAUAUUCGAAUUCUAACAUUGUUCUUUAUGUAACUCAAAGUUGAAAGACUCUUUUAACUCUUGCCGUGUAACCAUAAAAUCAAUUGAAAUUAAGGAUAUCCCACAAUUAGUUUAGUUUUUAGGUUUUGAAAAUAGUUGGGGAUAAGGAAUAAUGUUUUUACUAUUUCAUAGUGUUUAAAUAGAACAAGAAAUGAGUUGCAACCUAGAGAAUAUGUUUAAUAAUAGUAGUGUCCUAGGUUUGAAUAACAUAAACUACCAUUUAUAUUUUUUUAAUCUUACACAAACUACAUUCAAGAGUAGGAUAAUCAUUUUUUUCAAAUUUUAAGGGUGUCCCGAAUUAUCAAUUAUAAUUUUUUUUUUCCAUACGAAACUACAACCAGGGAUUGGAUAAUCGUUCUUCCAAAUUUUAGAGGUGUCCCGGGACACCCCUAAAUGUCCAUGUAUCCGCCACUCAGUUCAUGUAUGAAUUUUUUUGGGUAGAAAAUGGGAGGCUAAAAGGCACCCUUAUUAUAUCAUACAAGGUCCAAAAUUUCAAAUUUGGAUUAGAAAUAUCAAACUCGUGGAUUCCUAUACUAACAUUGUGAGCUAUAUUGGCAAGAUAAUCUGCCGCUUUAUUGCAUUCUUUGUAUGUGUGGGAGAUGAGAACCUCCCACUCUCAUUAAACUAGCGACUAGAAUUGGUGGCGCUUGAGGUUGAAAUACCUUUGUUGAUUAUCAUCUGGCGAGGUCAUGAUUUGGAAGGCCGUAAUCGAGUCUAUGUUCAGAAGCAUUUUCAUGUAACCUCUUUCCCAAGCAAGUUGGAGUUCGAUGAUGGCUUCUUUGAUCUCUGCUCUGGUUACAUACUAUUUAACCUUUAAUUUUUGACCCAUAAUGCUUUGGUUUGUUGUGCACAUGGAAAUAAAAUAGGGAAUCAAGAAAGUUUGGUUUUGUUGGUUGCAUGGAAGUAUAAAUAAUUUUGUAUACUAGGUGUAUCAUUAAUUGGUUAAUUGAUUUCAUUGGUUAGUAGUGUUGAAACCAAACCGAACCACCUAAACCAAAUAAGCUAAAUUGUUUAACCAAACCAAACCAAUUAUCCAAAUUAACCAAACCAAAUUAACCGAAUCCUACUGGUUAAUAUGGUUACCACGGUAACCAAUCCGUUUGAACACCUAUGAUGGAUGUCUACUGUUGAAUGAGCGAAUUUAGUUACUUUCGAGAUUUUCAUAAUCGAUAUAAAUGUGUGUGCUAGUUAAAUUAUCAUUUUUGUUGGAGAUAAUGCCGAAUGGAGUAGUAGUACACAUAAAGCAUAGAACAUUAGCAUGCUAAAAUAAAAUCUUUUAGAAACUAUUUAGAGAGGAAUAAUUGGAUAAUUAUAAAAUCAACAAUUUAAGCUCUUUGCUAAAACGAGCUAAAAAAAUAGUAAGUAGCUUUCUGAACAAAACAAAUGAUGGAGGUAUAGAGAGAACAUAAAAAGAGUCCGCUUAGGGAUUGUGAAUUUGGUGAUGAUUUUGUGGAAGAUCAAACCAUCGACGAAGAAGAACAAAGAAACAAAACGCACGAUACAUUAUAUCUUGUCGUGUCUGUUUCAUCUGUCAUCCCUCCCCAAUGCUCUCUUUUUCUCCUUCUCUUCCUCCGUCGGUAGCAACGGUGGUGCAUGUAAUUGGGGAAUAAAUCAUGGUUGCCGACGAAGUUAUCAUCGGAAGGACCAACGGCGACGAUGGCUCGUUCCUCCUCGGAACCCGUGAAAUAUUCUGGGGCGCCGUUGAUGCCUCUCCUUCUAAUGUCGGACUAGCCAUUGCCGUGACGGCCGUGGCUGGUAUCGCCGUGGUUGCUACCCUCGUUUAUACGAGUAGGAGGAGAAAACCAGCUGCUCUCCUACCACAACAAUGGAGGGCUUUAUUUACACCGGAUGGCAAACUCUCCGAUGGGGGUGUUAAGUUCCUGAAGAAAGCUCGUGUUGCAGGUGUAGAUCCAAGCAUCAGAUCGGAAGUUUGGCCAUUUCUCCUGGGCGUAUACGAUAUAAGGAGCUCGAAAGAAGAGAGAGAUAAAGUUAGAGCUCAUAAUAGAAAAAAGUAUGAAGAUCUGAGAAGACAGUGCCGAAAAAUCCUUAAGCGUCACGAUACAAGCUUUAAGCCAAAAGAAGUUUACGUGGGCAAUCGCAGGGAGAAUGGUUGUGCAGAUGAAAACAAUCCAAGCUGUUCCCAACGACAACAAUGUUCCUUCUCCACCACCACCAGCAACCCAUCGGAAACCUCCACGGGUUUCAAAGAGUCCGACUUCGUAACAUGGCAGAGAACAAUGCGCGUCGAUGCAGUCAGAGCAAACGGAGAAUGGAUCACCUACUCGCCAUCUCAAGCAUCAUCGGUGUCCGAAUCAAGAGCACAACGACUGGCCAAGAGUGUCAGGUUGAGAGACUACAACCACCUCGAGCCGUGCAGGAUCCACCACGCCGCACGUUUGGUCAGGAUCCUCGAGGCGUACGCGUUGUACGACCCCGAAAUCGGGUACUGUCAGGGAAUGAGCGAUCUACUCACUCCCAUCAUCGCGGUGGUGGACGACCAAGACGACUUCGAAGCAUUCUGGUGCUUCGUCGGGUUCAUGAGGAAAGCCCGACACAACUUCCGCCUCGAUGAGAUGGGGAUACGAAGGCAGCUCGACAUGGUGUCGAAGAUUAUCCGGUGUCAGGACGGCCAUCUUUAUGAGCACCUGAAGCAGCUUCAGGCGGAGGAUUGCUUCUUUGUUUAUAGGAUGGUGGUGGUGCUUUUGAGGAGGGAGUUGAGCUUCGAGCAGACGUUGAACCUGUGGGAGGUGAUGUGGGCGGAUCAGGCGGCGAUCAGGGCGGGGAUUGGGAAGUCUGGUUGGGGUCGGAUGAUGAGAUUCGGAGCGCCUCCGACGGAUGAUCUGUUGCUUUAUGCUAUAGCGGCGGGGGUGUUGCAGAGGAGGAAGAUGAUCAUCGAGAGGUUUGAUUGCAUGGAGGAGAUCAUGAGGGAGUGCAAUGGCAUGGCGGGGAACUUGGAUGUGUGGAAGCUUUUGGAUGAUGCACAUGAUCUCGUGGUGAACUUGCAUGAAAAAAUUUAGCGUCUGGGAAUGAGAUCUCUUUCGUACGUACGUAGUAUCGACUAUAGCAGAAUGGAAGCGCAUGAUGACCCAUGGAAAAUGUGGUUGCUGGGAGAGCGCGAUACAACGAGUCGUGCUACUAGACGAAGCUGGUGGUGGAGUACUACUGCAUGCGCACCCUAAAAUUGUGAAAGUUCAAGUAGUCCAAAUGCAUCAUUAACCUGCGUACAGUCUGAUCCAAGUAGCAUGAGGCACGUGCAAUCUCUGUGUGAAUCAACAUGGACCUCUUGCACACAACUUAACCAAUAUGGUUUCCUUUCACUCCCAUGUUCUUGUUCAAAAUUCAUUAUUUUUCCCAUGUAAGAUUUUGAUCAAAAGUAUUUUAACAUACUUACUGCAUGACUCUACCUUUUUAUUUCAUCUCACCUAUUCUUUCACAAAUUUGAGUUGUCCCUCGUUUGUAGCGGGUCAGAUCCGGUGCUUAAGCCUAAAAACUUAAGCAUAUGCUUAAAGCUUUCCUAUUGGCUAAAAUAAUUUUAGUUUGUUUAUGGUAGGUUAUUAGUUAGGUAGUUAGUAAGGGUAAACUAGGUAUUAAGGGGAAAAAUAAUAGUUAAUAGAAAGAGAAAAUAAAAAUCUAACAUAUUUUUUUCCAUAUCCAGCCGUCCGCGAAAAGUGACCAGAUCACUCCGCUGCCAUCCCUCCAUUAUUCCAUCCUCCACCUCCUCCGCCAUCCCUGCCGCCGCAGAGACCCCUUUCCUCCACCAAAUGCAUCAUCGAACGACACCGUCGUCCCCUCGUCGAACCCGGCCCCAGCCGCCGCCGACAGCGAGUAAUUCAUCACCUCCUGAAACAAAACCGACACCAGCAUCCCGACAACACAGAGUGUCACCCUUCACGCCGCCAUCCCGACGCUAUAUUGACGGAGCCCACGUCCUGCGAACGUUCAGCAUUUAUUAUUUACGUAUUAUAACAAUGGUUAUGCAUUGCGUUAUUGAUACGUCGCUAAAGUGUUGAUAAUUAUAGUGCAUGAUAUUGAUAAUAACUCAUAGUAUUUUGUUGACGGGUGUAUUAAGAAAAGUUAAUAACAGGUGAUUAUUAACAUUUUCAAUGAUUUUUUAUGUUGCUAAUAUUGUAAAUAAUAGUUUAACAUUAAUACUAAUAAUUUGUUUUGUUAAAUGUUAAUGAUGCAUCCCGGAAACAUUGAUAAGAGAACAUAAGAUUGUUAGCAAUGAACUCUUAAUCUUUGAAUUAUUGGUAAAUGUUAAAUUUAUAUGAUUUACGAAAAAAACACGACGAUAUACCAUUAACAAUGUUUUCAUAAGUAAAUAAUUAUUAAUGUAGCAUUAAUAAUGAUUUUGUAUUUUGUUAAUGAUACAUCUCAUUAGCAUUGAUAAUAUUGUAUCAGAUUGUUAACGUUGAGCCUAAAAAUGUUAAUAUUUAAAAUUUUCAUUAUUGUUAAUGCUAAUAACAAUUACAUUACAUCAAGGUUGAUAACAUUACUUUAUAUCUUUAACAAUGAGUAUAAAAUCAUAAACAAACAACAACAAAAUUAUUUAUGAGAAGAUGAUAAUGCUUUUGUAUAACAUAGAUAAUUCAAGCAGAAAAGUUGGUAACAUUACCUUUGAUUGAUAACAAUAAUAAAAACAUAUAAUACACUAUAUCAACGAGUUUAUAAACCUCACAUGCAAAUUGGAAAACAUUAACAUUUUUUUUCUCUAUAAUUAGCAAUUACAUUCAUAUAAAAAAUAUUGAUCUUGCAUAUUGACGGGGACUGAUAUUCUUCACCAUCUGCGACUUUGACAUUUGCUACAUAAUGGAUAUGUGAUUUGACCUAUUGCAAUUAUUGCCCUCAACUUAUGGCUGCUCGAUCUUGGGCUUGUUUCCAGGUAGAACAGUCUUACAUGACGUGUUCAUGUCAUGCCGUCAAACUACACAAAGAAAGAUGCACAACAAAUUUGUGAAAAUUAC